AUGGGGUUCGUUCGUCUUUUGUCAAUGCGUCUCUGCACAUCGCAACACAUAACACAACAUAACAUAACUAGUAUUAUUAUAAUGUGUGGAAUAUCAUUCAUUAUCAAUGGUGUCAAUGUGUUGGAUCCUUUGAACUCUGCAUCAUCUAAUCAACAACAUGUUGGAGACAAAGAAGAAGAUGAUACAUUGUUGUUGUCAGACACACAGUCAUUGUUGGAUGACUUGAUUGUUCGACUCACUAAUCGUGGUCCAGACUCUGUUAUCCAACAAUCAAAGACUAUAAAGACUAUUGGUCAAUCUGGUCAACGACCACCAAUACAUAUAACAAUGGUGGCUUCAGUGCUGGGAAUGCGUGGCGAGCUCACUGUCCAACCCUGUCAAGACGAUCGCGGCAACAUACUAAUGUGGAAUGGUGAGCUGUUUGAUGGAUACGACAUUGGCGUGCAUGACAAUGACACACGUCUACUUCUCCAUCUGUUCAAUCAAGCCGACAUUGGCGGUGGCGGCAGCGGCAUCGACCCAUCCACAUUUGUCAACAUAAUGCUCAAGAUCAAAAUGUGGAUGGAGUGGGCCAAGCCCAUCGUCUACCAGCUGUCCUACCCAGCCAUCACCAUCAUGGACAUGACAAUAUCCUUGGCACUGUGGUUUGCCGCGCGUGGCGAGGGCCUGGUGCAUGGACGCGAGCAAGAGUAUGGACGCGUAAUGACCACAUGCAAAGUGUUGCUGAUGGGUUCAGGUGCAGACGAGCAACUGGCAGGCUACGGACGACAUCGCAGUGCAUUCGCCAGGGGUUCCUGGCAGGUGUUGCAAGGCGAGUUGAACAAAGACUUCAACAGAAUAUGGAAGCGCAACCUUGGUCGUGAUGACAGAGUGAUCAGCAGCAAUAGACGCGAGCCAAGAUUCCCCUAUCUCGAUGAGAAUGUCAUCGAGUACCUCAACAGUGUGCCCCUAUCCUACGUUUGCGAUCUCAGUCUAGCACAAGGCACUGGCGACAAAAGGAUAUUGCGAGAGCUCGCAAAGACAUUGGGCCUUACAGCAUCGACUUGUUUAAUCAAGAAGGCGAUCCAGUUCGGAUCGAGGUCCAGCAAGCAGCUGAACAAGAAUGUUCCAGCAAGGAUCACCCAGAAAUGCGGUGUUCAGACCUUUUCAUUCAGCAGACCACUCUAUCAGCCCGAGCUAGAAGGUGGAAGUGGGAAUGCGGGUGCCAAUAAGACAACAGCCAACAAGAAGAAAGACAGAUCAAAGAUAACAAAGCCAUCAUCUCCAACACAACCAACACCAAUCGCGCCAAUAGGAGAUGUUGUUGGAACCAACACAUCAUCAUCAUCUUCAUCAGGGCAUGGGCAAGUUGGUUCUACUGCAGUACCACCACAUCAGCCAACGACACAAUCACACAAG